CAAGUAACAAAAAACUCCACCCUGGCCUCUUCUCUUUUCCCCCAAGAGCGAAUUCUCUCCAAACCAACCCUCUCCCUUUUCCCUAAGCCGCCUUCCCAUGUCGGAGAAGUGCAGCCACCACCGGGGUAAGUGGCGGAAGCGGCUCCGGCCGAUUUGCGCCGGCCUUCUCAUCUUCAACUUCAUUCUCCUCGUCGUGAUCCUCAUCAUUUGGGCCAUCCUCCAGCCCAAGAAGCCUCGGUUCGUCCUCCAGGACGCCACCGUCUACGCCUUCAACGUCUCCGGCGGCACCUUCCUCACCUCCAAUUUCCAGGUCACCAUAGCCUCCCGGAACCCCAACGACAAGAUCGGCAUCUACUACGACCGGCUCGACGUCUACGCCACCUACCAUAGCCAGCAGAUCACGCUCUACACUCGAAUUCCCUCCGUCUACCAAGGCCACAAGGACGUCAACGUUUGGUCUCCGUUCGUCUCCGGCAACAACGUCCCGGUGGCGCCGUACAACGGGAUGGCGCUCGGACAGGACCAGGCGGAUGGCCAAGUGAUGAUCACGAUCAAGAUGGAUGGACGGGUGAGAUUCAAAGUGAACACGUUUGUCUCCGGCCGGUACCACCUCUACGUCAAGUGUCCGGCGAUAAUCACCUUCGGCAGCCGGAGCACCGGCGUGGUCAUGGGCAACGCCGUAAAGUACCAGCUCUACUCCAGGUGCAGCGUCACCGUUUGAUGGAUAGACCCAGUUAACGCCGUUAAAUUGUUGUUUCUAUCUGACCAGUCGUAUAAUUGACGCCGUUUAAGAUUAUUAUUAUUAUUAUUAUUGUUGUUGUUGUUAUAAUUUUUUUUUUUUUUUUUUGUUAUCUGGAAUUGUACAUUUAAAUAAAGAAUAAAAAGAUAGAAACAAGAUAGCAAGAAGGCUACAAAUGUGAUGAUAGGUUCAAGUUGUACGAGGGAGAAAUUAUUGUGGCUGAUAAAUUAUAAAAUUGGGCAAUAAUUGUUUGUUGGGAGGAAUGGAAAAGUCAAGAAGUCGUGAAUGGAAUUGGUGGGUGUUGGUGUCAUGGUGUGUCA